AUGGGUAUGCUACUUGGUCAAUAUGCUGGAAAUGAGGAAAAACGUGGGAGAGCAGUUGCAUUUUCAACAAGUGCCAUAUCACUUGGCGCUGCUGUCGUACCACUUUAUGGAGGAUUGGUCUAUUAUUAUCUUGGUAAACCAGCAGUAUUUCUGAUAUUAGCUGCUCUGGUAUUAUUCGAUGGAUUACUUCGUUUAACGGUUGUAACGUCAACUUCAAACGGUUCAAAGCCUCUAUUGACCAAUACGCAAGGUAAUCCUCCAUCAGCCCCAAGUGAAAUCACCAAGCAACAUGCAUCAAUAGUCACACUUUUACAAGAUCCAUAUCUACUACUAGCGUUAGGACCGGCACUUAGUGGUUAUCUUCUCCAUUUAAUUAGUUUAGAGGGUUAG